CGUGGUUUCGUCGAUCUGUCGUGGAACUGUCAAACAAUCGGUCGCCGUCAGUACGAUAAAGAAAAUCGAAAUAAGCAACAUUUCCACAUAUUGACACGCAUUGCAACGUUGACAAAUUUAAUUUACCAUGGCAGACAAAAGAAAAACCAAAAAACGUAAAGAGGAAUACGGGGAGCCCCCCGAGUCAGAAAAGCCGACGCGCGAGGAGUACUCCGUGGCCAAGUGGCUGAAGGCCAACGUGCCCACCAAGAAGACCAAGUUCCUGAACCAUCAUGUGGAAUACUUCACUGGAGUGAAAGCCGUGGACGCGCUUCUGACCUCAAAAUGGGCGACGGGCAAAAAUCCCAUCUUUACAACGCGACUCGAGGUCACAGACUACUUGCACCAGAUGCUGCUGCACAAACUCUUCCACAGGGCUAAGAAGGUACCAGUGAGCGAACAGGAGUUAAAAGGCAAGAAGAAAAAGGACGCAGAUAAAAACAAGAGUGGCGAUGAAAAGGACGAGAAGAGUCAGGUCAGCGCGAGUGAGGGAAAGGACACAAAAGACAAGGACAACAAAGAGAAAGAGAAGAAGAAACGCAAGAUCCGGCUAGAAAUGCACAUGGAGCAAGUUUUCCUGGACACUUUGGACGCCUACGUAUGGAUAUACGACCCCAUGCCGUGGUACUACUGGGUGUGCGGCGCGCUGGUCGUGUUCGGGACCAUCGGCGUGUGCAUGUUCCCGCUGUGGCCCGCUACUGUCAGAAAAGGCGUAUACUACUUAUCGAUCGCGGCCGCCGCGUUUCUGGUGCUUAUCAUCGCUCUGGCCGUACUGCGCGUCGUGGUGUUCUGUCUAGUGUGGCUGCUAACGUUGUCGCGGCACCAUCUCUGGCUGCUACCCAACCUGACCGAGGACGUGGGGUUCUUCGCCUCCUUCUGGCCGCUGUAUAAGUACGAAUACCGCGGCCCCGGCUCGGAGAGUGACAAGUCAUCUAAAAAGAAGAAACGCAAGAAAGACAAGCUGUCCGAUGACGAAGAGGAAAAGGCGCCUUUACUGCCCGGCAAGGCCGACAGCGAGGCGCCGUCGGCCUGCGGCGAGCCCACCGAUACCAAGUAUGUUAUAUUAUUGACCGAAGCAGAGGAGGCACCCUCGCCGGGCGAGAAACAGUCCGAGUCGGAGAGCGAAAACAGCCAGCGGUCGUCGACCGACCGCGACUUUGAGAUGGUGGACCCUCAGGACCUCGAUGACAAGGAGGAACAGUAA